UUUUCUCAGAGUAGGAGGUUUAAUGAGCAACAAAUCAAUGCUGAAGUAAAAACCUUUACAAAGUUAACAACUCAACACACUCUGUAGAGUUUUCUAUCUGAUUUAUCUGAGAGUUGGUCGGUUUGGGAAGUUUUACUGCAGUUAGUGAAAGUUUAAAGCUCCAAGUGUAAUGACCUAUUAUGACGAUGGAAAAUAAGCAAAAGGCAUUUUCAAGAUGGUCUCUCGUCCUCAUGGGAGAAGAGUGGACUGGAAAGAGCUGGGCCGGAAACAACAUUUUGGGACGAAAUGCAUUCGAUGUUAAGAGAAAUACAGAGCAUGUGAUGCAGGACUUCAGGGUCAUUGAUGGUAGAUAUGUAACAGUGGUAGACACUCCUGGAUGGGAUUCGAAAUGUAACCCGGAUGCACCUUUACAAAUACUGCAAAAAGCUUACAGUUCUGCACUAUGUAAAGAGUUCCACAUCCUGCUCCUGAUAAUCCCUAUUUGCCUUAACCAAGAGUGGAACGGAAAUUUGCGCAAAGAAUGUUGGACGUGAUCGGGCAUUUUAACAAUGAUAUGCGGAACCACACUAUGCUUCUAUUCACCCGAUCGUCCCAUCUGCAGUCCACAGGAUUGGAGGGAUACCUGAAAGGCAGCGGGAAGCCCAUCCAGAGCUUGGUAGAAAAAUUUGAGCACAGGUACCAUGUGCUUAACGAUUCCACAAAGAAUAAUCACAGGAAAUUCAGGGAGUUGAUGGAAAAGAUUGAGCAGAUGGUGCAAGAAAACAGAGGUCAAACAUUGCAGUUGGUUACAAGGAAGCAGGAAGUGGGUGCAAUGAGACAGCAUGAGGUGGAUACUCUGAUUAACAGCCAAUUGAUGCAAGGAUGCUCCAAAAUGGAAGGCUGCAGCAGUGUAGGAGACUACACAUUUAAAUCUUUAAGACCAACAGAGAAAUACGACCUACCGAGUCCUUUUGAGCAAAGUGAUGUGCUAGAGGAAACAGGGAUGGAUCAAAUUCCUGGUGAAGAAGUAAAAAACAAGAAACAUUUAGAGAAAUCAGCAUUGCAAAGGAACCCUCCUCAAACAUGGGGCAACUCGUGGGACUUGAUCAUUACUUAUUACCUUUAUAGAGAUGCCCCCAAUCAUCAAAGUUUCGUGACUUCUGCUAUUCGAGUUUCUGUCUUCUGGAGACACAUGACCUUAAUAUGUCAGACAGUUUGGAUCUCUUUUACAGUGUCUAACAAAGACCUCAUCGGGCUCUUUAUCAUUAGUCUUUACCUGUUUGUGGAAGUUUUAUAUCUGGUGUAUAAAAGUGAGACAGCAUCCAUAGAAACAGGUGAUCAGACCAUGAACGCAUUGGACUCUGGGUUUGUUGGGAGCCAGCAUGAGCCAAGCAAAGAAAACCAGAGAGAGUUUAACUCUCUGCUGUGGCAGAUUGGCAAUGACAGGCCUCAGGUUUCAGACGAAGAGAAAAUCCAGUGCGGCAAAUUGGAGAAUGAAGAAGAAAUGCCACUACACAGCACAGAAAGUAGAGAUUGUGAGAUGGAGAAAGGUGAAGAUGAAGGAGAAGCAGAGGGAGAAGAAAAAGUGCUGCGACAACAAUGUCAGAAAGGUGAUGAUGAUGAGCUCCCCCAACGUGUUCUUAAAGGUGAGGGAAAAGACGAAGAAGAGCUUCAACAACAGUGUCAGAAUGGUAAAGAUGAUGAGUUCCCCCAACACAUUCAAACAGGUGAAGAAGCAGAUAAAGAAGAGAUACCCCAGCAAUGUCUAAAAGGUGAUGAUGACAAGCUACCCCAACAGAUCAUUGGCACUACCGAAAGGGUACCCCAUCAGAGCCAAUUGCGAAAAAGGAACAAGAUAACCCAACAUGGCUGUAAUCCGGGUGGUAAAAAUACACCCCAACAACGAAAGAGGGCUAAUGCUGACCAUACACUGCAAAACAAGAAACAAGACACACCCAAGCAAAGUAAGAGACAUAAAGAUCUCAAGAUAUCCAAACAUGUCUUCAAGGGUGUGAAAGGUAAACCCCAAGACAUCAAAAGGAGCUUUAAGACAAAGAAACACCGGUAUAUAUUUCUGGGAUGCCGCAAAAUAACAGAAAGGGGAAUGACGGAGAGUUACCCCAAUGCAGCAGACUGGAGGUUGAUAAAGAGAUACAACAAUGCAACAGUCUUAGGGGUGAUAAAAAGAUACCCCUCUAUAAUAUGCUGGAUGAUAAUAAAAAGAUACCCCAAAGCUACAUGCUGCCAGAUGGUAAAAAGAUACCAUUCUGCAACAUUCUGGGGGACAACAAAGCAGUACCCCAAUAUAGCAUGCUGGGGGAUGAUAAAAAAGAUACACCAAUGUGGCAGUCUUAAAGGUGAUAAACAGAUACCCCAAUGUGAUGGGAAAAAGGAUAAUGAAGAGAAACCCCAAUAUAACAUGAUGGGGCAUGAUAAACAGAUACCCCAAUGUAACAAGUACAAGCGUGAAGAAAACAGACCCCAAUAUACAAGGAGCAGGGAUGGGGAAGAGGUUCCCCAAUGUAUCAGGGGCAAGGAUAAUGACGAGAUUCCCCAAUAUAAGAGGGACAAGAAUAAUGAAGUGAUACCCAAGAAUAACAGUGUAGAGCACGAUAAAGAGAUAUCUCAAUGUAACAGGUUUAGGGAUGAUGACAUGCCCAAUUUUAGCAGGCUGGGGCAUGGUAAAGAGAAACCCCAAUGUAACAAGUACAAGCAUAAAGAAAAUAUACCCCAAUUUGCAAGAAGUGGGGAUGGGAAAGAGGUUGUCCAAUGUAACAGGGGCAAGUAUAAUAAAGAGAUACUCAAAUGUACCAGGUGCAAGAAUAAUGAAGAGAUACCCCAAACUAAGAAGUACAAGGAGAAUGAAGAGAUACCACAAAAUACCUGGCCUGGAAAUGAAAAAGAUAUCCCUCAAAUGACCAGGGACAAGGGUAAUAAUGAUGUACCUCAGUGCAACAUGGACGAGGACAAUGAAGAUUACAGACAAGAUAACAGCCUGGGGGAUGAUAAUGUAAAACCCCAAUGUACCAGGUGCAAUGAUGAUGAAGAGAUACCCAUCCACAAUAGGAGAACAGAUCAUAAAGAGGAACAUCAAGACAAAAGAAAGUGGGAUAAUGCAGACAAACAACAAAAGAGGAAGACUGCCCAGGAUCAUGAGAAGAUUAUUAGAAACAAGAAACAUGACCAAGAUGAUGAAAUCCCACAACCUAGCAAGAAGCUGGAAGGAAAAAAGAUACCAAAGGAGUACAGGAAGACAGACUAUGAGAUACCACACUAUAGCAGGAAGGGGAAUGAGAAAGAGACACCCCAACUCACCAGUGUGGGGGAUUAUAAAGAGAUCAUUGAGGCACCUGACUAUCGAAAAGAAGGACAUCAAUUUGGCGAUUCUAAUAACAAAACACACUACAAAAGACCAGACGGCAGCAAAACUGCAGACAAUAAAGAUGAAGCAGAGAACACGAUUCUAACGUGCAAAGCGAGGACACAUCAGCAAUCUUCUGUGACAUCGGUGUCCUCGUCCUCACUGAAAUAUAAAGUAGCUGAGGACGAGGACUCAAGACCUCCUGGAGAGAUUUGGAAACCUAGGAGGACGAAGAGUCUGGAACGAUUAAACGAGUUCAAGAAAGAUGAAGACGAGGACACAGGACCUCCUGGGGGGUUUAGGAAACUCAGAAGGGCGAAGAGUCUGGAACGAUUCGAUGUGUUUAAGAACAAUAAAGAUGAAGAAGAGAACAUGAUUCUAACAUGCAAAGCGAGGACACAUCAGCAAUCUUCUGUGACAUCAGUGUCUUCGUCCUCACUGAAAUAUAAAGUAGCUGAGGACAAGGACUCAAGACCUCCUGGGGGGAUUUGGAAACUUAGGAGGACGAAGAGUCUGGAACGAUUAAACGAAUUCAAGAAAGAUGGAGACGAGGACACAGGACCUCCUGGGGGGUUUAGGAAACUUAGGAGGACGAAGAGUCUGGAACGAUUCGAAGUGUUUAACAGGAAUGACAAGAAGACAGAUGUGAUUGAAUCUUCAGCAUUUCCUGUCAGACCUGCUGCCUGCAUGCUUUUCUUUUCACAUUACUGCCUUAUACCUGUUGUAUUGUACUGUGCUUUUGUUUCUAAUGUAUGUUUGCUGAUGCUGGAUUGCACACAUGAAAGUCUCAAAAGCUUUCAAGGACCUUUAAAAGGCAGUUAUAAAGACCUCCAAAGUGCCAGCAUUUACUGCAAAGGAGUGGGCAAAGUUUCCUACAUGGCAAUGGGAAAGACCAGUUUGUUACUAGAAUACUAGACGUUUUCGCAUGGGUUAUUUGGGUGCAGCGAAUCCUUUUUACCUUGAACAUUUGAAAUACAUCGGUUUUUGCUCUAUUUCCCAUUUUUCUAUGGACCCUACAUCCAUACUAGUAAUAUAGAAAUAGUUUGUAGACACCUGAGCAUGAGACUGGUAUGUGCUUUAUGAAUAUUCUGAAUUUAAUCCCAAUUUGCUGCUGUAAUAAUCUCCAUUCUUCUGUCAAGGUGCUGCACUAAAUAUUUUAAAGAAAUUUGUACUUAUUUAGCCAGAAAGGCAUUAUUAAACCCCAGUCUGGGUCUGGGGUGCAGUCAGCGUUCACAUUUAUCCCAAAGCUAUUCAGUUAGAAGGAGGCCAAAGCUCAAUAGCAGGUCACUCAAGAUCUUCCCCUCCAUCUUUAUGGUGCUGGUUUUGUACACAGGACUAUCAGGCUGGAACAGAUUUGGGUCUCCUAGUUUAAGUGAUGGGAAAAUCUCAUGCUACCACAUCCGAUUGUAAGCAUUUAACUUCGUGGGUAAGUUUGGGAAAGAACCACAUAUGGCAGGAAAAGUCAGGUGUCCAAACAAUGUCCAUAUAAUAUAUGACCUGAGAUUUGGUUAAUCAUGUGUUUAUUAGUUAUGAAGCAAUAACUUAAAAACUUGGAUUCAGUGGAUUUUGAAAAAGAGAGAUGAACAUCAAUUUUAUAUACAGUACAGACCAAAAGUUUGGACACACCUUCUCAUUCAAAAA